AUGUUUUUGGUUUUUGUUUAUUUCAAAAGGGAAGAUUUACAAAAGCUUUCACAAAUAGAACAAAUAGAAGAUCCUGCAGAGAAGAAUAAACAAUUGGCAGAGUUUAUUAAUGGUAGAUAGAUCCAUGAUUUAUGUCUCUUCUAUGCAGUGAAAAUGAUUGAUUCUAAUCUUAAAGCAGCUUAUAACACAUUGGAGGAGACAGUAUCCUCACUUUAAAAAUUACCAGCCUUGCUUUAUAAUAGGAUUACACGGGAAUCUAGAAUUCAAGUGAAAAGUAUUCCAUCUCAAAUAAACUUCGCCAAUUAUUUUGGUGGGGCCACCAUUCUCACAAAAAGCAAAUAAUUAGUAGGAGUAGACAAUAUUUUGGUGGAUAAUCAAGAAACGUAUAUUGUUCUAAUUUGAAUUUAGUUAUAUGAUUACAGAGUGCAAUCAAGAAAAACUGCACUUUAUAAUAUGUUUAAAAGAAGAGAUUCAAUUGGAAUCGAUCUACUUUAUUAAUAAAGAGUUUUAUUCGUCAACAAUGAAAAAUUUCAGGGUAUCAUUUUAGAAUAACUAUGUUUUGAGGUUUUUGGGAGUGUUGUGUAUCCUACUGAAUCCUGGGAUUUUUUGUAAGCAUUCGAAUUAGAGGAUAUAAAUGAAUGGUAAAACUUCGAAUUUGAAUCGCACUUCCUCAGAUAUUUGAAAAUCGAGAUCAUUGAUUUUCAUCAAGCAGAAUAUCAUUGCACAUUAACAUAAAUAAGGUAUAAGGAUUAUUAAAUUUUUAGAGUAUUUGGAUAAACUGUUAUUGGAGAUCUAAUACAAUCACACAAAAGAUAUAAAUUACAAUUGCCUAAAAUUGAACCAAUAAGGGAGGAAGUGAAAUAACCAUAACGAAUUAGAAUGCCAUGCAAAGAGAUAAUAACUAAUUAUGCAAAUUCUAACAAUUCUACAUGCAGCUAUUUCAAUUAUUUAUUUGAUGUACAACAGUCAAAUAUUGAUGAAAUCAAGAGUCAAAAUCAAUUUUUAGAUGUGAUUCCUUUCGAAUCCAAUCAAUCCCUAUUUAAAGUCACAGCUUAAAAUAUAGUUAUACUAUCUCAUAACCUCCAAUUAUUGAAGGAGUAGUUAUAAUAGAUUAAUAAGAAUAAAUUGAAGGAAAUGUAAAAUUAGAAAUAAAAUGAUGACAUAUAAUAGUAAUUAUUAUUCGAAUUCUCUCAAUAACAAAAUAUCAAUAUUAAUCUAGAGAGAUAGAUCUAUCAAUUGAAUGUCAUCACGAGAUAUUGUAUAAUAGGCAUAUCGAUCCUAUUUAUUGGAUUAUGCUGGGUUAUCAUAAAAUUGCAAUAUCACUCAAGGAACGUCAGACAUCAAUAGAUUGUUGUUCAAAACUAGAAAGAUAUCCAAGAUAUUACUACUUUGACUCCAAUUUUGGUGAAUGGGUAUUCAACGAAUAACGACGAUUAAUUUCAUCAUAUAAUUAAGAGCUAAAGCAACAAUAACAAUCAUAAGAACAAGAAAAAGAGCAAUUUUGUUAAUUGA